AUGGGAGGCUCUGCGUCUGUGAUUGCGCCCGAGCAGGUGGCCGAGCUGAAGGAGGCGACGGGCUUCUCGCAGAAAGAGAUCAAGCGGCUGCACAAGCGGUUCAAGAAGCUCGACCGGAACGAUGACGGACGGAUCAACGUGGACGAGUUCAAGCGCAUUCCCGAGCUGCAGACCAACCCGCUGCUCGAACGCAUUGUCGAGCUGUUUGACGUCGAUGAGGACGCAUACCUCGCCCUACCAUUGUGCGCGUACUCGGGCAUGCCGCGGUCGCCAGGAGCCCGGCCCGUGACGCUCGAGCCGCCCGGGCUGCUCUGCGGCGUAUGCCGGACCGAUCUCAUCACAGGCGGUCCGCAGUCGACACUGGAGGAGUUGGAGCGGCCGCCGUGCUCGUGCUCGCGCUGGUCGUCGGCAUACGCUGUCUUGCUCGACACUCCGCCCAAGUAUGCCGCCCUUCCAACAGGCAUCCUCGAGUCGCUGCCACGGCUGACUACCCUCGCCCUGGCUGGCCUCCAUCUGGCAGAGAUCCCGGCGUCCAUCGCCUCGUGUCCGAACCUCAUCCAUCUCGACGUUUCACGCAACGCCCUCACCACUCUUCCGCCCGAAAUCAUCACCUUGACAAAGCUCCUCGUCCUGCGCGCAGACGCCAACGAUCUUAGCGAGCUGCCGGCUGGCCUCGGAACCUUGACCUCGCUGCUGGAACUCUCGCUCUCCGACAACCGCUUUGCCCGAGUCCCGCCGCAAAUUCGCGCCCUCACCUCGCUGCGCAAGCUCAAUCUGGCCCAGAACACCAUCGAGUUGCCGCUUCUACCCGAUGAUGACGACGCGCUUGCCGCGCAGGUCGAGCUCGACGUCGCCGCUGCGCUCGCGGCUGCAGCUGACGAGGCAGCCGCGAGCUCGGGGCUAGAUCCGCCAACCGAGGCCCUCUUUCCGCCGUCGCUCGAGGUCCUGGACCUCUCGCUCAACAACAUCUCGGUCGUCCGCCUCUCAACCCCCUGGGCCGACGCCCUGCCUGCGCUCCUCAAGCUCAACCUCUCGCACAACGUCGGCAUCGAGACCGUGGCGCCGCUCUUCCCGCCACCGCCGCAGCUCAGCAUCCUUCUUCUCGCCGGCACGUCCAUCCCAUGGUUUCCCGGCCAGCUCGCGUGCGCACUGCCCAAUCUCCGUGCUCUUGACCUGGCCAAGACCCCGCUCACGAUCUUGCCUCGCGCCGCGCUGGCUCUCAUCUCACUCAAAGAGCUCUCGUUCCAGGACGUCAUGCUCCACACCUCGGGCGAGGUCUCGCUCGACUUUAGCAUGAUCUUCCUGUUCCAGGCCACCGCCGCCUGCCCGCAUCCGCUUCUUGUCAGCGCCCUUCUCGAGUUCUGCGUCUUUGCACGCGAUCAGCUCCACUUUAAUGUUGUCCGUGCCGGUGUUGGGCCUGCUCUUGUGGCCAUUCUGCACACCGCCGCCGAGAAUGACGCCGCCACACCGCAGACUGUCAUCGCAAGGACGCUCGAGCUGGUCCUCUCGCUCGUAGAUAAGGAGACGUCCAAGGUCCAGCUACUGCACGAUGGCCUCGCCGGUGCCCUCCUCGCCGUCCUCCUCGCUUCCAAGCCGUCAUCACAGCUCGUCUCACUCGUUGGCAUAACUGCCGCCCGAAUCGCCGAAACCUCUGCGCCGCUGACCCGCCACACCCUCCUCUCGGCCAAGUACGGCGGUCCGCAGCUGCUGCGCGCACUCGAAAGCCGAGAGGCCACCGCGACCUGGGCCCACGAGCUCAACGCCUCGCUCACUACGCCGGUCAUCGAGGCCGGCGUUCUCCUCGUUCAGCCAGUCAAGGCCAUGCAGAUAUCCGGCUCCAAUGGGUCGCGGCCGUACGCGCCUUACGUCUGGCUCAAGGUCUUUGAGGCUGCGGUCUCGUCAAAGUCCGAUUACACCGGCGGACACAACCCGUCAUGGAAGCCGCCGUCUUCGGGCUUCCGCUUCGGCAUCGCCGUUACCGUCCCUCACGCCGCCACACUCCAAGUUCGCAUGUACGACUACCGCCUGGCUUCGCGCGACAUUCCGCUCGGCAUUGGCUUUGUUGAGCUUGGCCCACUGCUCUCGGGCGAGCCGGCCGAGGUAUGGAUCAAGCUCGUGUCGGGUACCGCGCCGCCAGACCUGGAACAAGUCCGUGCUGCUGCCGCCGCAUCCACAGCCGCGAGCUCGACGGCUGCCGUAGGCGCUGGCGGCGAGUCAGGCGAAGCUGACGAGCGCGCCACGUCGCCGGUCAACACCACUACGGCCUCGCUCGGCGCGGCGACGCCUGUCUCGGACCGGCUCCCGCCGGCGCCGUCGAUGCACUCGCUCGUCGAUGGCGUGGCCCACUCGUCGCCGCCGCUGUACUCUUCUGCAGCAGCGGCGCAGGUGACGCCGUCCAAGCUCAAGCUCAUUGUUCAGUUUGUGCCUCUCUCCCGCGCUGCGCUCGAUGCGCUGCCGACAAAGGAUAAGCCCAAGCCGAGCGCCGGCGCCUGGAAGCUGCAUCCGGUGCCGAAACGCGCCGAGAUCGCGGCUCUGGUUGAAGCUGAGACCGCAGCGGCAAGCGCAGGUGCCGACGCGGCGGGCGCGGUCCCUGCGUCGCCAGCCCAACCACUUUUUGGACGCUUUCCCUCUCUCGGCGACGCGCUCGGCGGCGACGUGCGGAUGUAUGACAAGAUCUACCUGGCGCUUGACGCCGCCAAUGCGGUGUACUACGGCGACUCGGCCGAUCGAUUCAUCCACCAGGACAUGCUCCAUGCGGUUCAGUUUUCAACGAGGGCGUCGUCGCAGCGGUACGCGCUCGUCGAUACGGUACUUGCCGGCGAGCGGAUGCUAGUGGUCGCCUUUAUGGGCACGUACUCGCCGGCCGACGUUGUGGCUGAUCUCGAUCUUGGCGCCGCGCCACUGCUUCACGGCCGAGUCCAUCGCGGCAUCUUCCGCCGGGCAUGCUCCAUUCCACUCCUCAACCUCGCAGCGCUGCUUCGGCAGCGACUGCGGCUGCGGCACCGCCGGGUGGUGCUCACCGGGCACUCGCUCGGCGGCGGCGUCGCCGUCCUCACCUUUCUUCGACUCGCCACCGAGGCGGGGCUUACCAAGGCCGAGCUCGAGCGAGUCUCAGUCGUUACCUUUGGCCAGCCGCUGGUUGGCGACUCUGCGCUGGCGGAUUGGAUGCGUGAGACAGGGCUGGCGGCGCGGGUGACUGCAGUUGUCAACGCCGGUGACCUUGUGGCAUCGAUCACGCUCGCGUCUCCGCAAGUCGCCGCUGAGUAUCUGCUGGCGUCAACGGCGGCGCAGCUCAAGGCCAAGGACGCAUCAGAGGCGCUGGUGGAUUCGAUGGUCUCGUCGCUCUCGGCGCGGUUGGCACCGGCGUUUGUCGAGUUUGCGCCGGUCGGGACGUACUACGUCGUCGCGCCCGACGCGGUUGAAGCGCUCGUGGACCCGCGGGCAAUCGAAGAUGCGCUUGCGCUCCCCUCGCAUCUCACCCGCCACCAUCUCGACCAGCACGGCCUGCCGCAAUACUUUGACACGCUGUUUGCGCUCCGCGGCGGUGUCGAUCCGGCGGUGUCGACCUCGCGCGCGAUGCGGUGGGUCACCUUUGACGCUGCCCGCGGAUCGGGCUCACCGCUCUCGCCCGGGCCAGUUGGCACAGCCACACAGCGCGACGGAGCAGGGGCACCUGCUGCGACGCCUACAGCCGCGGCAGUCGACCACAGCGCCGGCGGCUUUGAGUCGCUCAUUGACGCCGAGUUUGUGGACGUCGACAUCGACGGAGCGACGAAGCGCAAGUCAGGCGGCGCGAGUGCCAGCAAGAACAGCACGGCGUCUGCCGUUGCACGCGACGCGAUGGACGCGCCGUUUGCGCCCACAAUUUUCAAGGUCCGGACCAAGUUUGACGUCUUUGCGCGUGUCAUCGAGGUCCAACUGGUCGGCAGCCGGCUCUCGGGCCUGACCAAAGUCAAGUUCCGCGGGGCGGGGCUCGAGUACCCGCUGCUGGCGUGUAGCGAGACCCAUGCGCGGUUCCGAAUUGCAACGGUGCCCGAGGUGCCGUCGGCCAACUGGGCGGCGCUGACGCUGCGUGCCAUCUCGCACUUUGGCGAAGCGCGGGCGCGGCUUGCGCUCGGCGCGUACGUCAACUCGAUGUUCUACGCAGCAGACCUUGCGGCACGCGAACCGCGGCCGCAGCUCCACAAUCGGGUGGGCGACGGCCGUGAGCUUCCAGGCAUUUCGCUCGCAGUGUCUGCCGAGGGCGUGCGGCGAGCCGUUCAUGCGCUUGUGGCGGCGCUCGAAGAUCGCGAUGUGUUUGAAGGCCUUGUGCGGUCGUACGUGUUCUCGGACAUGUUCCAAGAGCAGCUGGCCGAAGCAUCGGACAUUGAGAUGCUCCCGUCGAUUGUCAAUGUGGCGGCGGUGACCCUGCCUCGGCCGAGGGUGGAGCUCGACGCGGAGCGCAAUGUGGUCCGGGUCGGGUUUGGCGGCAUCAACAUCAAGCUCGAAGUCGGCUUUGCGCGGCUCAAGCUCUCGCAGUAUCUCGAGUAUGCCGAGGUUGGAGCCGAGAUCGAGCUGGUUAACCUCCACGGCUCAUUCUCGCUGGCGGUUGGGGCCGGCGCCGACGGCCGACAGGCGUCUGCAGCAGCGUACACGGUCGACCUCGACGACCUGGAGGUCAAGCUUGGAGCCGAGCUGUUUGGCAGCGACGGGCAGCAACUAACGUUCAAGGAGAAGUGGGGCUACUCGGCGUCACUCUUCCGGCUCUUUACCGGCUCGAUGCGCGGGCUGUUCUUGUGGAUCCUCGGCGGCGCCUCGCUCAAGUCGUUCCUCAAGUCGGAGCUAGAAAACGUGCUAGUCGAUUCGUCGACGGCGCGGAUGCAGUACGGUGACUCACACGCGCUGCUGGUGGAUUACUCUUUGACAGCGCCGCCCGAGCUGCUGCCUGACAUGGGCGAGAGCGAGGGACAGGCGGCCAAGUUUGCGACGGCGCACGCCGGACGCAUUGUGCUUGAGGGUUUUGAGGCUGACGCCGCGUACGAUGCCGUUGCUGCGCCGCUGCCGUUUGAUGGCAUGCUGGCACGGGUGCAUACACACGACGUGAUUGUCUGCAUUUCGCCGUACAUGCUCAACACGGCGCUAGUCUCGGCCUACCUUGCCGGCUGGCUCGGAGUCCGAGUCCUCGAGCACGAGGUUCCGCCUGAGCUGCGGCAGCUACUCGCAGCCGAUCUCGGCGAAGGCGUGCCAUUUUGGCUGCGAAUUACUGCGACGGCGCCGCCUACAAUAGUACUCUCGCGCGGGCUGGUCAAGCUUGUGGCGUCAUCGCGGCUAGAGGUGCACGUGGACGAGUCGGGCGCCGCCGUGCGCGAGGCCGACAUCCCGUUUGCGGCGGCGGUCGAUGUCAGCUCGCUGAGCGUGAGUGCGUCGGGUCUGGAGGGACUCGAUGCACUCAACCUUGUCGACGCCCAGGGCAAGGGCUUUGCCAAGGCGCUGGCGGCGGUUUCUGCCGAGUGGGCUAGCGGGCUUCGUGAGGUCUACGCCGCCAAGGUGGUGCCUGCGUUCUCGCGGACGCUGGCAUCGUCUGGCGUCGGAUCGCUCAAGGUUGUGCAGAGUCUGCCGCGGACCGAAGGCCGCGUCUAUGUCGACGAGACGUGCGUGUGCGUCACGUUUGAGGUCCCGGACUUUGUACUCGACGAGGCGCAGAUCACAGAGCUCAAGACGUACCUCAAGGCGCAGACUGCGGCGAUUGACUCGGGCGCGGCGGUCGAUACCGGCCUCAAUUGGCUCGAGUCGCACGUGCUUUCGUUCAUGCGGCGGCCGCCGGUGGGAGAGUGAAACAUCGAACGACCAUGACCUUGCACAAGUACAUUUGUUGUGGCACACA